AUGGCUCCCGAUAAUGCGCUCAACGGGGAACAACCGCCGCGCAUCGAAACGGCAGUGGAUAUCGUUGCAGUGCCAGCUAUCGGCGCAGAUCCCAGGAGGACAUGGCUCGAUGAGGAUUCACAAACGCCGUGGCUUCUUACCGAGUUAGCCAGAUGCAUCCCAACCGCUCGUGUUCUAUUUGCAGACCAUGGGCAUCUUGACUCGCAAGAUGAUCUGGACUUAUUGGCUCACCGGCUGUUGAAAUGGCUUCUAGAGAAAAGGGGGUCAACUAGCCUUAGGCGUCCUAUCUUCUUCGUUUGUCACAGCACGGGCGGACUUGUCGCCAAAGCAGCGCUUGUAAUAGCCAGUCAACUAACAUCCAGACUUGGUUCGAUUCUGUCAAGUUGCUAUGGCAUCGCAUUUCUGGCGACUCCGCAUCAUGGCUCGAGUUAUCUGUCGGCUCCGGAGUUCACCAAAAGUAUUCAGCACUUGAUGAGACUCAAACACCGCAUUCCGCCUCGCAUUCAGGAGCUCUUCAAACCAAGGCAUCCCUACCUCUUACGCCUUUCUAGCGAAUUCAGGGCAAUAUCGGCGGAUAUCAGACUUUGGACCUACCUGGAGACCGUCGACUCUACUCUAAGUAUCGCCGACUCUGAGGCUGGAACCACCAUAGACAUGCAUGUUCCCAUUACGUCCAUUCGGUCUGGUAUUCUUGGUUUUGAACAUGAAAAAGAAACCCCUCUAGCUACUGACCACGUUGGCACUGCGUCUUUCAAAGGCCAGGAGCUUACAACAAGAUUCGGUUUCAUAGAUGAAUUACAUGAAUCUGUCACCGUGGCUAUUCAUCUAUCUAAGCUGACAGAUGCCCCAUUAGACGUGGAGAUGGAAGUAAUGGUCCAAGUAAAUGGCUUUUUCGAAGACACCGCGCGUGGAAUUAGCGACGAAACGCCUUUGAAACUAUGGUCCACCAAAGCGUCUCUCCGCGAGUAUCUGGCCAAUGGACCCUCUUCAUGCCUUAAUAUCAGGCUUCAAAAGACAGCCGGGAUACCAGCGAGCAUCUACGAUGACUCCUCCCUAAGCAGCUUUGAUAGCAGACCGACUUCUGCUCAUGUUCGAGCGUCAAUGGAUGGCAUAUUGCAACCAAGAGAAACACCUGUAGCGGAAGCCAACAGACCCGAAACUCUUCCUCACAGACCCCCAUUAAAAGCGAGUCGCAGCUUUAUGGGCCACACAUCUCCUCAGAUCCAUAUUACUGAGCCAGCCGUUGAUGACUACUUUGAUGUACAGCCAGAAUCAGGUCAAGAUGUGAAGAUAUCUGAUUCACAAAGCCAGGAUGAGAUAGGCGAUGCGAGUCAAAUCGAAACGGGUGUGGGAAACAUUCUAGCAAUAUCGAGUCCUCCCAGAUAUAGAAGCUUCCUACCAAUUCCACCGCCCUUCCGAGAUACUGUCGAUCAGCAGAGGGCCGAGAUGCCUCGGAAGAUGCCACGAUUUGACCAGCCGGAGCCAGGGAGCGAGAAGCUUCUUUGGAUCCAUGUGCCUUAUACCCACACUGGAUGGGUACCAGCUAUACUAGCCAAGGCUUGUGGAAAUCACGACAGGCAGAAGUUCUUGGAGGAGUUUGUCAAUGACGAAUACUGGUAUUCCAAUCUCAUCAGAGCCCGUCACCUUGAACCUCACGCUCGCUACGUAAGACCCGAAUGUAUUCACUUCAAGGACCGCAAGCCUCCGUCCCCCGAUACUGUGGAUGGGCAUCAAGAUCCUAGAUUGGCUUUAUACCUCCACUGGGAUACCUACUGGAAUCUCGUUCAGCGGCGUAAAGUCGUCGAGGACAGAUUGCGACAAGGGCGCUUCAGACCAGUUCCAGAUGACAUUUCCAAAGCGAGCCUGGAGUCAAAGCUAAUCUGGAGAUAUCUCGGAAGCGAACCACCCAUUCAUAUCCGGCGAACAUUGGAUCAGUUCGGGUACCCUAACUUACGGUCGACCGUAGCAAGAGAUGAUGACCAGAUGCUCUGGAAACGGACGAAGAAGGUCGUUAAUCUCAAUGAUGAGAUCAAGAAUUCCGCCGAGGCAGAAAACUCUACUAACACUAAAAACACAUUCAUGGAUGGAAAGGUCCUCAUAGUCGAUCAACUCUGGUUAUGGAUUGUCGAUGAGAAGACAGUAGUCACUUUCUUCCCCAAUCAGGAGGCCACGACAGCCGAAGGCAAACUCUACGAGCAGUCAAACCUCUAUAGCAGCAUAUACAACGAGCUUAACGGAGAUCUCGCAAGACGCUUCGAAACAGCUGGCGACCUUGCUUCCUUAAUCGUGUUGCAUGCAAUCACCGUCCUUCUGGACCGGACAUUGCACCGUGACCUGCAAAUACUCCGAAUAUUCGAAGAAUCCAUCAGCAUUCUUACCGAAAUCGUAACCAAAUCCUUCAAACGCUUCCGAAACCGCGGCUUCAACACUCGCCCCGCCGACUAUAACAAAAACGCCGAAGGCAGACCCAUGUCCGCCACGGAGCGCGACGAGAGGGACAACAAAGUAGCCAGACGAAACCGCGAGGACCUCUCCACAUUGCUAGAGCUGAGAGACAUCGUAGACGAACUUAGCACCCUCCUCAAACUCCUCGAGCAGCAAGCAACCACAGUGAGAACCAUGUCCAGCUACUUCGAACACCGAGGCUGCGGACAAGCAUUCAUUGAAUCAGCCCUCUCCCGACUAGAAGAGUACCGGAACCAAGUCCUCGAAAUGCGCGAAAACGCAUCCGUGGCACAGAAAGCAGUCGAAAACCUGCUCGAUCUCAAACAAAAACAAGCUAGCGUUGACGAAUCCCGUCUCGCCCGAUGGGAAGCAGAAGUAACCCAAGACCAAUCUCGAUCUGUCAUGGUCUUUACAAUAUUCACCAUCAUCUUCCUCCCCCUCUCCUUCUUCACCUCCCUAUUCGGCAUCAACGCCCGAGAAUGGAGCGGUGAAGCAGAGAACCUAACCCUAGGCCAAAUGCUAUACAUCUCAGGCCCCGCCUCCUUCGCCAUAAUAAUGUUCGCCCUCCUAAUAGCCUUCAACGAACGGCUCCGCGAAACCCUCUGGCGGGCCCAAAAACUCAUCAUAGAUAUAGUUGCAGAUUUCCUUCUCGCGCCGAUCACAUUACUCUUCCAGUGGUGGAGGAGGAUGGGGAGGAAGGGGAAGAAGAGGCCUGGACCUGGAGCCGAAUCUGAGAAUAAUCGGCCGAAGACGACUGGUCGUCGUGGCUUGGGGAAGUAUAGACGGAAUGGGAAGAUACAGAGACAGCAGUCUGGGGAGGAUAUUUGGUCGGAACAUGAGGAUAAGAUGUUGGGGGGUGGUGUGGGGCGUAUGGGACUGGUGGAUGGGGAGGUGGAGAGGGAGAGGAUGGAUCCGUAUGCGGAGAAGGGGAGGGGGUGGGGGGUGGAUGAGUAG